AUGUCGAAUGUUGUUUUAUUGGAAAUCCGUUGGAAAUGUUCAAAGGUUCGGGAGAGAAGAUGCGCUACCCACCUCUGCACUUGCAACCAAGGAAGAAAAGCCCAAUCGGAAGAACUUCCGCUUCCUAGGUUUCGAGUAGAAGAACUCAGCACAUACGAGAACGAUGAACCGCUAUGCACAAUGGAGGAAUAUUCUCCGCACAUGUUUCCCGAGCAAGAGGUUGAAGGAGUUUCCAGGAGGGGUCCAAAUCCGGACAACAAUCGAGUUCUUGACAGAAACGCAAUGACCUGGGGCAGGAUGUCCGUCUACACAUGUGAAGGAAGAUAA